AAAAGUUGCAAAACUAUGGAGGAUGUCUGGUCUGGUGCCAGCGGCCCUUCCAAGUCCUGGCUCCCACCUAGAGGCCACCCGCUACAGAACAGCCAUAUGGGAUGGAAAGGCCGCCUUUUUCUUGUAUUGUCUCCAAGUGAGCGGGAACAAAAAAACGAAACCAAAACCAGCCUGCCGGGCCCUCUGCACCGCCCGCGCUCCGCUGGGUUUGGGGCUUCCUCGCGGCCGCCAAGGGCGCAUCUCUCCUCCACCAUGGCAUCAGUUUCGAAUGUCAAGAAAUCCAGAGCUCUUGAAAGAACCAUUGUCGUUGCUGGUCUUCCUGUUGGCCUUUUGAGUGAUCAGUUGCUGACUACAUUAGUGGAGACUUACUUCCGAGACAUUAAAAAUGAGGGUGGAGAUAUUGAAGAUGUGAUAUAUCCAACAAGAACCAAAGGAGUUGCAUAUGUAAUAUUCAAAGAAAAGAAAGUUGCAGAGAAUGUUGUCAGACAAAAGAAACACCAUCUAGCAAUUCAGAAGACGGUACAUGCUGAACUCACAGUCUCUCACUUUAGUGAAAAGGUCUUCAGCUCUGUGAAAGCUACCCUUGAUCUUUCUGUUUUUCGUGGUCAAAUUAUCCUGGAAAGCCUGGUAAUAGACCUGAAAAAGAAAAUCCCAACUUUAAACUUCAGUCCCUUGGGACCUGGAGGAAGAAUCUCUGUGGAAGGACCCUUUCUGGCUAUCAAGAAGCUCAAAGAGUCUUUGCUAUCAAAAGCAAGUUCUCUUUUAGAAAAAAACAGGAAUGUUAUGACUGAAGGGAGAAAACAGAACAGACAAAGCCCCCAAAAGAGUCAGAGCAGUGAUAACUUGGUGGAGACGCUCAGGCCCUUAGUACCUGAAACUGUUAGAAGCUCAGAAAUGCUUGUGAUGGACACAGAUGUUUUCCUUUACCUGAAAUGGAAGUGUGGGUUUUAUGAAAUCACACUGAACAAAUUUAAUAUUCUAAGUCAGGAGAGGGUGGAUGGUGACGUCACCACUAUUUGUCUAGCGAGUGCUCAAGGUGAUUCUGGGCCAAACAGUGCACAGCAUGUAAAGGAGCUCAUUGAGGAAUGGGCUCAGGGUCUUCACUCUGAGCUUAGGAAAGAGACAUUCAUUUUGGAAGGAAAGGGAAAUAGAGAGAAGAGAAAUAUUGAACGGGCAUGUGAACAACUACAAUCAAGAUACCUUAGGGUUCUGAUUAAUUUUCAUAAGACACACAUUGACAUUAUAGGUUCUUCUCCUGACACUUACCUAUUUAAAAAAGAGGUCAUGAAAUUAAUAGGGCAAAAGGUUAGUUAAUAAAAUCUCAGUCAUAGAUGUUAAUAGUGCCCUUCCCUUACCGAGUAGUGACUAUACCGUCCAUGUACCACUCUAUCUAGCUCACAUUUCACCUUUGGUCACCAUCUUUCUUUGUGAGCAUUACUAUCCUUAUGUUGUAGGGGAAGAAACUAGGAUUUGGGGAAAUUAAAACUCUUGUGAAUUUAUUCAGCUAACAAGGAAUGAGACUGGAAACCUAGGAAUGGGGACCUAGUCUAUCUGAUUACAAAGAUAAUAUCUAAAUAAAACUUUGGAAAAACUAAACUUCCAAGAAAUCUCAUAUUCUCUGGAAAUCCAAAUUAUUAGAAAAGAAGUAGCCUUAACACAUGGGAGUUUGGAUGAUCAUUAUGCCUGUUGGCAAUUUGUUAAUAGUUACCAAGUCUGUAUUUACUCAUAGAAUUAGAAUGAUAUCAAAAAACUUGGGAAACUACUUGGAAAGUAUUUUUAAUGGAGGCAUUAUGUAUAUAUAUAUAUAUAUAUAUAUAUAUAUCACAUAUAUAUAUAUCAUAUAUAUUAUAUAUUACUAUAUAUAUUUCUGAAUUCCAUUUUUAUAAGUUUGCUGGAUAGGUGAGGCAGUUCUGCUAUUACUUAUUUGGCUUAUGUGCUUUUAUAAAAUGUUAGUUCUCCUGUUAAGUUAGGAAUUUUGAAUGAAAUCUACAAUUGCUAUUUACAUGCUCGUUUUCUUAGAUGGGAUUAUACCCAGAUAAGCUAUAUAAGUUGAAAAUAUUGUAAGUCUAAAAUGUGUUUAAUACAUGGAACUCACUGAACAUCCUGUGUAGAAACACAGCACACCGAAGAUUUGCCUUCGUGAUCACAUGGCCAACUGGGAGCUGUGACUCACCACGGCUGCCCAGUAUCACUCGAAAAUAUGGCACUGAAUAUUGUUAGUAAAUCAAAAUUCAAAAUUCAAAAUAUAGUUUUACUGAAUGCAUAUCAGUUUUAUGCCAAUGUAAAGUAAAAAUUUGUAGAAAAAUUAAAAAUUGAAAGCUGAACAAUUGUUAAGUCUACGUCUGUAUUCUUAACAUCUGUGAUCUUAUUCAAAUGCUACUACUUUGAUGAUAUAAUUAUAAAAUAAAAAAAAGAAAAAGCCACAAUGAUUUAUUUCAAAGUCUUUAACUUCCUUAAAUUUAACUUCAGAUUAAAUUGAUUUUAAGUAUCUGGGCCACUGCAUAGAUCUUCCUAGUUGCUCAUCUCAAACUAAACAACGUGAUUAUAAUCGUUCAAACUAUUGUGUCAGUAGAAAAAGAAUAAGAAAAAUGUCCCUUCAUUUUCCUUCGUCAUCUAAAUUCUAAAUGUGUAAAUAAUUUCCGUCUCCUUAAAUAGUGUAUUUCUGACACCAAAAGUGUAGGUAACAAAAGCAAAAAACUGACAGAUGGCACUACAUCAAAUUUAAAAACAUUUUUGUGCAUCAAAGGACACAAUCAACAGAGUAAAAAGAGCUAUUCAGCCAGUUCAGACAGCUAUAACGAAAAUUUCCGGGUGACUUAAACAAUAGAUGCUUAUUUCUUACAGUUUUAGAGACUGAGGGACUGGAAUCUGAGAGCAGGGAAGGCAUGGUUGGAUCCUGAGGAGAACUCCAUUCCUGAAGAGAGGAAACAUCUCUCUUAGAGGGGCUCUUCUCCAUCAUGCUAUACUUUCAUGCCUUAAUUACCUCCUGAAGGCCCCACCUCCAAUUAUCAUCACAUCAGGGAUUAGAGUUUCCACAGAUGAAUUUUGGGGGUACACAAACAUUUAGUUCAUAGCAUUCUAUCCCUGGCCCUCCAAAAUUCAUGUCAUUGUUAAGUGCCAAAUACCUUUAUUCUAUCCCAACAGCCCCAGACAUGAACUGAUUCUGGCAUCAGCUCUAAUAGUCUAAUAUCCAAAGUUUCAUCUAAAAUAUCACCUGAAUCAGAUACUGGUGAGACUUGGGUGCAAUUCAAUCUGUGCAAAAAUCUUGCCCAUGUAUGAAGCUAACAAGUUUUUGGGCUUCCAAACUAUAAUGUUGGGAAGGGGAUAAGACAGAUAAUCCUGUUCUAAAGGGAGAAACAGGAAAGAAGAAAGAGGUUAUGGGUCUCAAGCAAGUUGAAAACCUGGCAAGGCGAACUGCAUGAAAAUAAUCUUGGAUUCAAUGCAGGCUCACUGGGAUCACCAUGUGCAAGCCCUUACCAGAGAGCAAACCUACUAGUUAUUUGAUCUUGGAUUUCUAGCCUUCGGAAGUGUGAGCAAUAAAUUUCCGUUGUUUAUAAGCAACCUAGUCUAGUAUUUUGUUAUAGCAGCCUGAACAGACCAAGUUAGAGGCAGAGAGUGGAGUGAUACAACAAUAGCCAAGGAUCUGCAAGGGUUGCCGGGAGCCACCAGGAGUGGCAGGAGGCAAGGGAAGGUUUCUCUGGAGCCUUCACAAACAGAGUGGCCCUGCUGACAUUGAUUUUAUAAUUCUAGCUUUCAGAACUGUGAGAGAAUAUAUUUCUGUUGCUUUAAGCCACCAGUUUGUAGUAAUUUGUAUGGCAGCCCUAGGAAAUGAAUAAACCUGACUUUUAAAAAAAAGAUGAUUUUGGGUGUGGGUUUCUGAUGUAUACUCCUAUAUCAACCUUAUCCUUUAGGGCAGACACUUCUUUUUCUCUUUUGUUCAUCCCCAGUUUAUAACAGAGCAGCUGGCAUAUAGUAGGCAUUCCUACUUGUGAAUAUAUGCUAAUACUUGUGAAAUAUAUGAAUUACUUUUUUUAAUAUCUAUAGAACUUAACACAGGGGUUGGCACUUAAUAAGCAUUUAAUAAAUGGGUGUUUAUUGGGUCCAAGUAUUUUCUGUCUCUUUUGUGCUAUAUAGUCUAACUUAUCAUCAUCAUAAUAGUGUUAAUAUUAAUUUCUUUUCCCUUUUUAGGAUGGGUUUACAUUUUUUCUAGUACUGUUUUCUCCAAUGUAGGAAAUUCUCUCUAGAAAGACAAACUCAAGUUUAAUAUGCCUCCCUUAUAGUCUUGUCAAGCAGGUUGGUCAGUAAUUGCUGCUGGUAGAAAGGCACAAGGUGUCUUUCCUGGACGUGCCUGGGGUGCUUCUCUCCACUUUGUCUAUCUCUUGACUAGAUUGCACAGGGAAACAAAAAGAUAUUUGAUAAUUAUGGAGAAUCUCUGGGUCUGUCAACUCUGGUAUCUGGUUAUUUUCAGCUAUUAAGAGGUCACUCAGGAAUUCUUAAGGUUGAUAAGGACUCUACCCAUUAAUGCAUGGUACUUAAAACAUUUUACUAGUAGAAAAUACUGUGUGAGAAUUAGAAUGGAUCCUACUGUCAUGUAUAACUAAGAAGAACCAAGAAAAAAAAAAGAAAAAGAAAAAGAAAAUAGUGUAUAGUAGGUGUAAGUCUGUUGAGACUGUCCUCUAGUUAACACAUUUCAAAUAAUGCUGACAAAAGCAAGAGGGGUGGAAUACACAUCCUUUUGAUGUUUUUAAAUGAGAUUUAAUAUUGGAGGAAAUUAGCCUAGUAAGUAUUUUACCGAUUCAGUGCUAUAAAAGUGUUGACUUAAAGAAUAGGGAAUUCUAGAGGUGGAUGGGAGGAGGAAUAUAGAGCAUUAUAUAAUAUGUCCCCUCUCCCCCCUUUUUUGGAGAAAGCUGCCUGUGGUGAAGGCGAUCCCCCACUCACUGUCUUGACAGGGUCACAGUGAGGAUGAAUGCUGGCAAAGCCACAAUGGUUGGUGGGAAACCGAAACCACGAGACCCUUUUUUAUGUAAUUGGGACUUUUCAUUUUCAUGCUUAUGUUUCUGACAGGAGGCAUGAGUAUGUUAAAUGCCAAACAAAUUAAAUUUCAGAUGGCUAGAACAUAACAGGUAGUUCAUGCCUUGGAGGCUGUUCUACUACCCCUCAGCAUAUCAAGGACAAAGUAGAAGGCUGUUCUUCUAUCUCAGUACAUUGUGGACAAACCUGAUAACGGACAACAAUCAUCCUUUGAAAGGUCAUGAGAAUUUUAGGCACCACAUUGAUUAUAUCAACUAGAACCCAAGCCCAUAUUUCCGGUCUCUUAGAAAACCUAAUCAGUAUGCUUAUUUCACAAAGUUCACCACAUGCAGUUUCAUUUUUGAUUAAGGAAAGUUAUAUUAUACACUUAGGAAAGUUAAAACAUAUAAAGAUAUAUUUUUCUCUUUUUAUAAACCCUUUCUUACUUUACAUAGGGAUAUAUGAUGAGCAUAGUUAAUAUUGGUGGAAAGUGGAUUGAUUUUUAGAACUUACUUUCUAUUGAGAAAGAUUAUAAAGAUAUGAGAACUAGUGCACCUUGACUGAGAAACAAAGAAACUCUUUGAGAAAGUAGCUCAACCAACCAGUUUUAUGAGAAUAAAUUUAGGAAUUAAUUAAAACAGCUUUAUAAGACACAGUUUUAGAAUAAUGUUAGAAAUAUUAUUUUAUUUAGAUUCUUAAGUUUAGAAAUUCUUAAGUUUUUAGUUGUAUAGGUUUCUGAUAUGUUUUAAGAAUGAUUAAUAAACUUCAGGAUAUUUUAAAUAUAAGAUUUAAAGGGACUUUUUUAGAUGGGAAUUUUAGAUUAGAAAUAAAGUACACGUGUACUUUAGGUUAAUGAUUGGUUAGGAGACUUAGAGUCUGGUUACGUAGUUUGGCAUUAGUUAAUAAGAAAAUAGCAUAUCUUGGGAAAAAUAGUAAAUCUUUGGAAAAUCUGAAAAAUGUAAAUUAGUGACGUAUUUUAUUAAUGAUUCUGUAGUUUUAAUAAUUAUAUAACUGAAGGACAUAUCCUGGAAAAAUGUAAAUUAAUGUUACAUUUUUUGUACCCCCAAUCAUGGUUAAGGAAAUGUCAUGUCUUGGCAAAGUUUUAAAUUAUAUAAUCAAUGACGUAUUCUGAAUCUAUAAUGAUGAGAAAAAUUGUAAUAAAAGAUGACCCAGAGAAAGCUGCAUUAGCUCUCUCUCUGGAGAUUGCUCCAA